AUGGCGGUCAGGCGGAAGUUUGACCUCCGAUUCAAAGAGACGGUUCUACAGUAUGCAGAGGAAACUUCCGGAGAACAAGCUGCGAGGUUCUUCAACAUCGACUCUAAGAGGAUCCGGUACUGGAGGAAACAGAGGGCCGAGCUGCGGUCUGCUGAUGAGGGGAGAGCACGGCUGAGCAGAGAUGGGAGGAAAAAGCUGAGCGUGGAGCUGGAGAGACGGCUCUCGGAGUGGAUUCACGCCAUGCGAGACGGACACCAGGCGGUAUCGGCGGACAUGAUCAAGAACAAAGCGUUAGAGAUCUACCCGACGGUGAGUGACGGAGGCAGCAGGUUUGUGGCAAGCACGGGCUGGCUACAAAAAUUCCUAAAGCGCUACAACCUGUCACUUCGACGUCGCAGUGCUGUGACCCAGGAAGACCCGAACCUGCUCACUGAGAAACUCGUUUGGUUUGUGGACUAUGUCGGGAAGACGGUGAGCGCUAAGAGGAUUUUAGAGAAGGACAUCAUCACAAUGGACGAGACCGUAGCUUGGUUCGACGCAUCGUCUCCGACGCAAGGAGUACAGGGACAGGAGAGGAGCCAGCUCACCAUCGUCCUCGCCGCCAAGGCAGACGGCACUAAAUUGAAGCCUUUUAUUGUCUUCAGAGGGGCAGACGGCGAUGAGGAGGCGAUGCGGCGGCAGAUCUCUGGCGCGGUGAUCAACACGUCACCGAACGGCUGGAUCAAUGACGCUCUUGUGUCGGACUGGCUGGAGACUGUGGUGGGGAAAUCCAAUGCCACGCCCCGCCUACUGGUGUGGGACUCCCAACGGUCCCACGUUAGCGUCACCGCCAAACUGAAACAUGACUUCAACAUCACACCAGCAGUGAUCCCAAGAGGCUGCACCGAAUACGUUCAAGCCCACAACGUGAUGUGGAACCAGCCCUUGAAGCAGAAUCUGCACGACGCCUACGAUCGCUGGAUGGCCGGGGACUACCAGAAGGAGUACACGGCCGGGGGGGACCUUAAACCUCCCGCCCGCCGCCUGCUGGUGGACUGGGUGGUCGCAGCAUGGGACAAACUGGACACAGACAUGAUAAGAGAGUCUUUCAAAGUUUGUGGAUUGUCUGUGAAAAGUGACGGCAGUGAGGAUGAUCUCAUCGCCUGUUUCAAGGAGGGACAGCCCUGUGCCACCGGACGGGACAUGCUCACUCAGGCCCGACAGAGGAGCUGGGAGAACUGGAGCCCAGUUGCUGAAGAGGAGGAGGAUGGAGUCGAAGAUUUUUAUUUUGAGGAGGAGGAUGAAGAGGAACUUGUUUUUGAGGAAGAGGAGGAAGAUGGUGAUCACACCUCCUUACACUGCAUCACUCAUCAGGAUGUUAAGAAUGUGAUCGCCGUUAAGGAGGAGCAGCAGGAGUGGAGCUCAAGUGUGGACCAGGAGGACCCAGAGCCCCCACACAUUAAAGAGGAAGAGGAGGAACUGUGGAGCAGUCAGGAGGGAGAGCAGCUUCAAGGGCUGGAGGAGGCUGAUAUCACCAAGUUCCCAUUCACUCCUGUCCCUGUGAAGAGUGAAGAUGAUGAAGAGAAACCUCAGUUUGAGGGACACCACUGUGGAGAACCUGGAACAGUGCCCGGAGGCGGAGUACAACCAGCGCCUGGAGGAGGGGUACGACCAGUGCCUAGAGACUCUGAUCCAGAUUUAAAACCAGAUACUGAGGACAAGAAGCCUGACAGUUCUUUAGUUGCUGAGAUCGAAGUCAGUCUUGAUGACUGGGACAAGACUAGCCCUGAGACUUCAGAGUUUUCUGAACCUGAGAUUGACGAGGGUGAUAACUGGAAACCUCAGUCAUGUUUAAACUCUCUGAAACAUAAGGAACUUCCUGUCAGGAAUGGAGAGAAACAGUUUAGCUGCUCAGAGUGUGGGAGAAGAUUUUCUCAAAAGAAACAUCAGACCCAACACAUGCAGGUCCACAUACGGAAGAAACUAUUGACCUGCAGUGUUUGUGAGCGAAAGUUCACUCGACUUUGGCAGGUCAAAAGACAUAAAUGUGCUGGUCGUCAGUCCUCAGAGCUUUAUCAGAGUCCAACUGAGGAGAGCAGAGAGGUGGAGCAGAUGGAGACAGAAGCUGAUGGAGAAGACUGUGGAGGACCAGAACCAGCCAGAAACUCAGAUCCAGAUCCAGAUUUACCAUCAGAUACUGACAAGACCGGAGACUCCUCUGAAGCUGAAACUGAUGACAGUGACGAUGACUGGAAGGAGACCAGUGAUUCACUGACGGAGGAUGAAGAUGAAGAUGACGAUGAUGAGGACGAUGACUUCACAACAGGGUCAUCAACAACAUCACAACAUCCAAUGAAGCGCCGUCGAGAUGGGUCCGCCGCCUUUAGAGCGAGAGAAGAGGAGGAGGAGGGGGAAGAAGCUCGGUGGCAUAACAAAGAGGAGAAAGAUAAAAGACCCGACCCACUCAGGUUCAUACCCGUCAGGGACCCUGGCCCCACCCUCGACCCCACCGCUUCAUGGUCUCCCCUUUCACUCUUCCAGCUGUUUUUUAGUGACUCCGUCGUCUGCACCAUCAUUGAAAACACAAACGCAAAUGCUGCCAAAAGACUGAAGUCCGGGUUGAAGUUUGUGUGGAAACCUCUGACGGUGAGCGACUUCUACAUCUUCCUGUCCAUCAUCAUCUUCUCAGGACUUGUUAAAGUACACGUCAGAGGGGACUACUGGAGAAAGGAAUGGCCGUUCAACUUCAGAUUCCCUGGCGAAACCAUGAGACGGGAUCGCUUUGAAUCCAUCUUAUGGUCCCUGCACUUGAGCAAUCCAGCAGAGGACGAAGAGAACGACCGCAAGAAGAACACAGCAGAGUAUGACCGACUGUUCAAGAUCAAGCCAUUGUACACCGAGAUAGUGAACGCCUGCAAAGUGCAGUUCCAGCCUUACCAGAAUAUUUCCAUAGAUGAACGGAUGGUGGCGUCCAGGGCUCGCACAGGUAUGACACGAUACAUGAAGGACAAGCCCACAAAGUGGGGGUACAAAAUAUUUGUGCUUGCGGACUCCUUAACGGCCUACACAUGGAAUUUCUUUGUCUAUGAGGGAAGGAGUGUGCAUGGUCCAGGCCAGGGUUUGAACUACACUUCAGUCAUGGACCUUAUGGCAUUCCCUCUCCUUGGUCGGGGCUACACACUAUUCGUCGACAGUUUCUAUUCCAGCACCGCCCUCUUUAAGGAACUGUCCAGACAAGACAUCGCCGCAUGUGGGACAAUCCGAAAAAAACAGAUUGGCUUUCCAAAGACCACCCAGAAUGACUUACCAAAGAACGCUGAAAGGGGAGAUAUGCGAUGGAUACGCCAAAACAACCUCCUGUUUGUAAAAUGGAUGGACACACGUGAAGUGACCAUUUGCUCAACUGUACACGAAGCCUUCAGCGGACAGACAGUGCAGAGGAAAGUCAAAGAGGCCGGCGUGUGGCAAACCAAGAACAUAACCAUUCCCGAUCCUAUUGUGGAGUACAACCGCAACAGGGGUGGCGUGGAUCUGUCCGAUGCUUUGAUCGGCUGCUACAGCGUGCACCACAAAACCAUGAAAUGGUACAAGAGGUUCUUUUACCAUUUUAUGGACAUCGCUGUGGUCAACAGCUUCCUGCUCCAUAAAGAACUACACAAAAAGAAGAACGAUCCCGUCGUGAAGAAGCCACUCUCCCAGAAGCGCUUUAGGGAGAAGCUCGCUGCAGAAAUGCUGUGGUAUGCCAAAGACUCAGCACCAUCAACGUCAACUCCAGCCGCCUGCAUGCCUGCAUACUUUGGAGACAAUGGUACAGAAUCCAGGAAGUACUGCAAGAGAUGCCAGGACGCUGGUAUCAAAAGGAUGAAAACACCUGUGUACUGCAUGAAGUGCCAGGUCCCGCUCUGCUUUAAUGCCAGAAGGAACUGCUUCAAAGAUUGGCACAACAAAUAAGUCCCCCUUUGUUUCAUUAAUUAGCUAUGGAUGGAGGAGAGGAGCCACUUUUCCCCCUAAAACCCCACCCAUGGACCCAAAUUUGUUUUUUGGAUCAUCUGAGAUGGGUCUUGAAUUUGGGUGCAUUUGGUAAUAUGGAUAUUCCACCUCAACAUUCCUUGACUAAAACCUCUAUAACUUUCCUCUGCUCUACUUAAACAGUAUCAGUCUUGGCACCAGUAAUGUUCAGAUGUUGUGAUAUGGUAUGCGCAAGGUUAUAGGCUGCAACUACAUAAUUCCAACAGGAUACCAUAAAAUUUCAUUUAAAAGCCUAGUCCUAAUUAAAUGUCCAGUCCCUUUUACGAGCCCGAUGUGGCCUCUGGAUUAGAGAGCUGUACCAGGUGCCGCUCCAAGGCUCCAGUAUCCCUGGCUUGUCAGAAAGGAAGCAGGAUGGACAACACCACAGCAGGUGUAACUGAUCAGAUGCAGGAAACCAAGUGUCAGCCAGGCCAGGCCUCUAUUUGAGACAGGCCUUUAAUUUGACAAUUAAAGGCCUGUCUCAAAUAGAGGCCUGGCCUGGUUGCUAAGCAGUUGAUUUUCAUAGAAGGUCUUUGGAUGUAUAAAACCGGAUUGUUGACUACCCACUUGAGCUAACGUUAGCUAGCUGCUAAGAUCAGCCUACUAAUUGAAAUUUUAUGGUAUUCACACUGAAAAGUAACAGUUCUGUUUGGCAGAAAUGAAAUUUUUCAUUUAUGCUGUGCAUCAUUACCAUGAACUCUGACACAUCUGCAGAAAUCCCACAAAUGUACCUUUAUCAUGAUACCAAAAUUAUUCAUAUCGACCAGGGGUCGGCAACCAUUACUAUCAAAACUGUUUACGAUUUUUGACCAGAAAUACUAAAAAAAAAUCCACACAACGUAUUUGAGCCUUAUAAUAAUGUAAACAUAGCCAAGUCUAAAUUAGCCUUAACAGUCUAAACGAGCAUUCAUUAAUAUGUUUUACCACAAUGUAGCGACUGUACAGGGCACUAUUUAUGAUUAUUUGGAGCUUUAACUUUGCAAAGCUGGCAGUGAAAGCAAACACAUCUGUCCACACACUACUAAACUUUCUAUUUUAUUUCAAGACUUAUACUUUUUUUGGAUUUAGCACCCAUAGCUAACCAUAGCUGACUCAAGAGAGAGUCACUGCUAUCAAAGUUCGACAAAAUUUCAAGGAAAGGGUGCCUCUUUCACCUGGUGAAAUGUUUAAAAUGAAUGUGUUUGGUAUAUAGGCUUCACAUUUUCACAAUUGGAGAAUUUAAGAAUUUCUUUAGGCCAGCAGCACUGACAAAUAAAAACUAAUAUGUUAAAAAAAAAUUAUUCAUUUCCAUAUAAUACCUUUGUCAAAGCUACAGAGAGACACUGGAGAGGGGCUAAAGAGCCGUGGCUCCGAAGACACAGGUUGCCUUCCCCUGAUGUAGACCAUGUAGUUAGAGAAUAUACUCUUCAUUUUAGGCAUAUCAUUUUUGAGCCCCUGAGCUGGGGGCUUUAGGGAUUACAGACUCCUCUGAACCUGAGACUGUUCAGUGUCAUGUGUCAUGUAUCUUUGCAGAGAAACAUGAUGUGUCAUGAAGAAGAAAAGUCUAAAUACAUUUUUGAUACAGUUUCAAGUUAAUGAAACACAAGUUGUUCAGGAGAUCAACGCUGCUGAUAUUUUCAGCAUUCAAAUAUUUCCACUACAAACAGAAAACUGUGUAAUGUAAAAAGCAUCAUCAGGUUUGAGUCCUAAGAUAAAUCUUCAAACACUAGAAUGAAACUUCUCUUUGUUACUCCAGGUGUUUCAAUUUUUUAUUUAUUUAUUUUUUAGUCUUACCCUUGGAUGAGUUCAAUUUUUUGUUACUUUUAUACCUUCUGAAUGUGUUGAAACAACACUGCAACUUUAUGAUGUUACUUUAACUCGGCUGAUUGCUGAUACCUUUUAAUACACUGAAAAAGUUUCCCUCAUGUCUGUACAGCGUUACUAAAGUUUUUUUGUUGCUAAAAGAAUGUUUGAUUAUUAUUUAUGAAAGGUGUCUGCAUGUUCAACAACAAUGAUAAAGGUUGCUGUACUGGAAUCAAGAACAUUUGAGUUUAGGCACUGGACUUCUUAGAAAAUACGACUCUGAGGAGGGUGGCAUGGUGGUACAGUGGUUAGCAUUGUUGCCUCACAGCAAGAGGGUUGUUGGUUCAAAUCCAGGGCUUGACCCCCAACAGGAUAAGCGCUUACUUAAAUGAAUGACUUUAAGGAUCCAAUUACAAAUAAAAAUAGCGUUUAGAGAUUACUUUCACACAGGUGUUUUAACUGGUGAUGGUUUCAAGUACAGCAUCGCAACCAGUGCAACUCUUAUGGAAGUAUUUCUGUGCCAUCUGAGUUUGAAUUUGAAUUCCUAAAACUGAAUUUUUUAGCAUCAAAAUCAGACUAUGAAUUUUAAAAACAAUUAAAUUUCUAGCACUGAUUUUUUUUUUGCCUCUGAUUUUGUUUUCAAUGUUAAAAUAAAUUCAGUGUAAAAAGAUCCAGAGUUAACAUCCGGGUAACCAGGGAGAAGCAGUCGAUCCCUGUCUCAAUUCAUCCAACGUCCAGCCAAUCCGGUCUUUAAGUGUGACGUAACACCCUUUCAAAAUACUAUUUCCGGGUCCAAACGCUCUGUCAGAUACUCAAACGACAAUGACGGAACCGGUGAACCUGUUUACAAUCACUUCUUUCCUCAGCGAGGUCAGUGUAGCUGUUCUGCCUGGUGGAAUAAUAAAGGAUUGCGCCCAGGCAUCACAGAAAAAGAGAGUUGAGGUGAGUUUGAAGUUAGCAGUAAGCUAGCUAGUUGAUCUAAAGAUGAUAUGCCAAAAACACCGUACAGGACUGCUAAAACUUUUGGAGCGUUAGUGAAGUUAGGCAAGUUGACAUAUAAUGAUGUGCCAGCCCCUGGCUAGCAACAGUAUUGUUAGGCUAAUAUCUUUUAGAUGUGUUAGGGUGAGGGUUGAAUUGUUUUCAAUAUAACGUCAGAUUCAUGUUGAGGGACAGGCAGUAAGGUACAGCAGCUGCUGGUGCCCAUUCAGCCAACACAAGUGCCACCAUAUGGCAGCUCUGCUGAUUUGGGUCGGAAAAAAAUGUGUCCUGCACCGAUGAUGAGGGCGACGAUGCCGAGGACGGGCGAAAUAUCAGCAAGGAGAGUGUCUGAGAUGGCCCCAGCCACAACACAAGGUUAGUAAUUAAUUUGCAAAUGAUGCUGUCUGUUGUUGUUGGUUGUUUUGAAUUAUUUACUUAACAUCAUGUAGUUUAGAGCUAUUGUAUUAUGUGAAGAUUAACUGUAUUUAUCAAACGGUGCUAAUAUACACUCAUGGUGUAUCAUGUUAUUUCAGCUGGAAUCAAAAGAUCUGUCACUCAGGAGGACAAGGACUGGGUACAGGCAGUGGUCGAAUUGUUAACAAGGGGGAUGCAAUGUAGCUUUGAUUUUUUUGCGUGCACACAUAAUCAAAUAUGACAGCACAGAUGUGCAAAAUUAAUCAAGAUAAAGAAAAAUGGCAUGACGUAUACCUGCUGCCUUUAAAAAACACAAAUAAUGCAGUAGUAUUGCUAUUGCAGUACAGACAAAAAUCAUUUUAGAGUAUAAAUAAGAGUAGUUCUGAAAUAGCUGUGAAAAUUAAUCGUAGAGUCACUCUUAUCCUAUAGACAUUUCCUUAGCCAGUUAUAAUUUCUCCUUACCUGUGAAGCCUUGGGCUGAUAAGUGGUGCUGCUGUCCUGAUACCUGCCUGGUUUCUCCCUGUCCCUCUUCUAUCUAUUGCAAUAAUAUAGAUAAUAAAUGUGCAAAGCAAAAUUCAUAAAUAGAAUUAAGAAUAGUAGUGGUGACAUAGCUGUGGAAAUUAAGCUCAAAGUCACUUUUGUGCUCUAGAUAUUUUCUCUCAGCCAGUUAUAAUCUCUCCUCUCCUGUGAAGACCCUGCAUGAUCAUCCUUGCUGGCCUCUGGUCCACUGUCUCCUCCCUGACCCUGCUCUUUAUAUUGUGGCAAUAAAGAUAAAAAAAAAUAUGUGCAAAGCAAUAGUGAGCACAAGUUCUUAUUAAGGAGGAGUGGGUUUAUUCCUCGCAUGAAACUAGCUAGCAAGGUAUUUAACAUAGGUAACAAUAACAUUAGUGUUCUUGUUAACCAGCUUAACUUGAUAUAUUGGCAUCUAUUAAUUAGUCAUCAUUUAGCUAACAUUAUCUACAUGCAGCAGCAUUACUCAACUUACACGGUUUGGAAGAAACUGUGCAAGAUUUUUUGCUUCUUGCUGGCUGGUUUGCUGAACAUAGUUAACACACAGCAGCACACAUCUCGUCUGUGCGAUUGAUUCAGAUCACAACAGGACAGCAUGUGUAUGCCGCCUGGCGCCGGUGCGUUUAAAGACGGCUCAGAAAAACACGUUACCACAUGUUAAAAACGAAUUGAACGGUUGUAACGGCUAUAAAAAGUGCGGCUAUAAAAAGUUGUAACGGCUAUAAAAAAGUGCGGGGGACAGGGCACAGAUAUGGGAAGUGCGGGGGACAUGUCCCCUGUGUCCCCCCCCUCAAAUUACGCCCGUGCCUGCACACACAGAUUCUAGAUUAACAAGGGGGAUGCUUUUUGGUCAAUUUUCUAACAAAGGGGAUGGCAUCCCCCCUCAAUUCGACCACUGGGUACAGGCAUCCCUGUCACAACCUGUGUUUUACUGGGAUGGGGUGGAUUUUGAGUCCAGAAACUCCUCGGUACAACUUAUGUCUUUUGUACUUUGAUAUUACAGAUAUCAGACUGUCCGCUUUAAUUGAAAGAUAUUUUGUAUACAUUAUGUGAAACCUCACUGAAACCUCACUGACAAGGAAAUCAACCAUUUGUAUUUGUAAAACUGUUUGCUAAACUUUAAAUCUAGACUCUCCCUAUCAAGACAUUUGAGGGGCUGUUGACCAACCCAGGUUAUAACCAAGCAGAGGACAAGGCUGUUUAUUUGCUGUCAUCACUUGCAGUCACUGAGCAGGAGAAGCAGCAGAUAGAGAGAGGGUUAAUUCAUUCAUUCAUUCAUUCAUUCAUUCAUUCAUUAAUGAUUAACCUUGUAUCAAGCCCUUGGCAAGCUUCAGCUGCUUGAUAACAGGUUAAUGAUUAGAAUCAGGUGUGUUAGAGUGGGGCCAUACCUCAAAUGUGGGGCAGUAGCUCUCCAGAAGCAGGGUUGGUGACCACUGUAUUAAAUGUUAUGGGUUUUUUUUUGUUGAUUGGGCAAUCCUCCAUGAGCCAAGGGCAAAGCACCAAUACACGGAGCGCACAGGUGUUGUCAUCCAGGAGAGGGGAUUGUUCCUGUCUGACAGCGGCCUACUCUGUGGCUCUCCAGAUGGGACAGUGUCUGACGAUUGUGUUAUAGAGGUGACAUGUCUGUGGUCAGCCAGAGCCAAGACCAUCCUACAAGCAGCAGAGAGUAGGGACUUCCUCCAGGAGUUGGAUGAAGAAACUGGUUCCCUGACGCUAAAACAACUCCAUAACUACUGGAAUCAGAUUCAGGGCAACCUACACCUGACUGGAGCUAACAGUUGUCACCUAAUUGUAUGGACCUUGUCAUCCUGCCAGUGCUCAAAGAUCCCACAUGGGCUCUUAACAUUGACACAUUUUAUGAAGAGUGUUUGCUUCCAAACAUGGUGUCGCAGUUGUAAGUUAAGCCUCACAUACUGUUCAGGGUCAAAUACAGUGCUGGAAAAUAACUAAGUACAUUUACUCAAGUACUGUACUUAAGUACAGUUCUGAGGUACCUGUAUUUUACUUGAGUAUUUCUGUUUGAUGCUACUUUAUAUUUCCACUCCACUACAUUUAUCUUCAUCUUCAGCUCUCAGAUGAAGAUGUGACACAAAAGAUAAUCUGUUGUAUUGUUAUGUUUCAUGUAACACAGGACCAAAGAGUGAUUGUAAAUGUUUGUAUGUUAAUAUCUGCACUUGCACUCACCCUGCAUUCAUGAUCUGUAAAUAUUAAUGUCCUUUGAAUCAAUUUGUACUGUUAUAAUAAAUGAA